AUGGUAGAGAGCUAAAUCAAAGAUUAAAUUGAAACUGCAGAUAGUGGUGUUUCUCAUUAGGAAUUCAUGCUCAAAUACUUGAAUAAUGAGACAUUUAGAGCUAAUAAUCAAGAAUAAGUGGAAAUCACGUUUAACGGCUCUGGCAAAAUAGAAAUGUUUCGAGCAGCCUUUGUUUUCUCCACUUAAGAAAGAAGAGGAAAUAAUGAAGGGUUGCUGAAAGAACUAAUUGGAAUUUGUGAUAUCGAUAAGACGCUGAUUUAAUUUGACAAAGGCUUCCACAGAGAUUUAGAAUUUUACCCAAUGGGAGUCCCAAAAUAAGGCUUGACUUUUCACAACUUACUAUCAUCUGCAAUGAUUGGUAAGACCUGGAGAGAAUAUUUAAUGCAUGAACCUGAUCCCUAAUUGACUUUACUUGCAACCUUUAAUGUGAUGCAUCAUUUUAUGUUUCAGGUUUCUCAAAAUGAUAUUGCUGAAAACAAAAGAAUAGAAUAUCUUGAUUAUUUGAGAAGGAUCUAUGAUUAAGUGCUUCCCUUUAUUCUCGAAUAAAUGCCUGAACUUAAGCAAUUUAUUCUGAGUGAGGCGAGAAGUUUAUAGUCUAAUGAUGUGCUUAAUACUAUGCUGUCUUUAGGGAUAUGCAAGGCAUUAAUGAAAACCGAGUAUAAAUAAAUCAAUAAAAAGGCACUUUUUUAAUCACUGAUUAUAAAGAAUAUUCAACGAUAGCAGAAGUCCUAAAAAAUAAGGAUAGAGGAAAAUUUGCUGAAAAUCGAUGGCUUCGAUAUGCUAGUUUUAUUUUCGCCAUUAAUCAUUAAUCAUCUUAACUAACAACAAUUUGAAUCAAAGAAAGUGUUAGAUGAAUACUCCAGUUUAGUUCAGAAAAAGAAAGAUUUGUAAUAAAAAUGUAGAAAAGGUGUGAACUAGUUUGUAUCAUUGAUGUGCUUCAGUCGAUUCAGAAAGUAUUUUACAUAUGAAAGCGUCGUGAACAUUUGGUUUUAAAGCUUCAGAGUAUUUAAAACUAAGUACUUUGAUUAAAGGUCCAAAAAUGAUUAUGAACUUUCAAAAAGUGAGUUGAAUAAGACUUCUGACGUUUAAGUUGGUGGUAAAAGAAAAUAGGCAAAUUAAAGUUUCUAAGAGGAAGAAAAAUAGUGCAAUUCUAAAGACUAAGAUAACCCUGGAUAGUUGAUAUAAAAAAGACAAAAAUAUAAUGAUGAUGACUCGUAAAAUUCUUGA